AGGGGACAGGUCCCAGGGAAGCCCCGGACUCCUAGAGGGGAGGCCAGGUGGGGUCCCUGGUGACCAGGACAGACUGUGGUGUUUUUUAACGUAAGGGAGAUAUGCUACAUGACAGACCCCCGGGGUGCUGCGCACCGCCUGGUGGCAGGCGGGCAGUGGUGGGCGCUCACGCCCCUGCCACGUGCCCAUCAUGUGCCUGCCCUCAGUGGGAGGGGCUCCGAGGAUGACUUUUAAAAAUGCAGAGAAAGGCUCCAUUCUUCCCAGGACCUCAGCCCAACCCUGGCCCAGGGAGGCAGGAGACAGAGGCCAGGAGGGGGCCAGAGGUGUUGAAAUGUCCUGGGGACCUGAGCAGCCACCAGGGAAGAGGCAGGGAGGGAGCUGAGGACCAGGCUUGUCCACACUGGUUGUGAGAUGCCUUGAGCCCAGAGGGUUGAUGCCAGGAGGUGUCUGGACUGGCUGGGCCAUGCCUGGACUGACCUGUCCAGCCAGGGAGAGGGUGAGUGUGAGGGCAGAUCUGGGGGUGCCCAGAUGGAUGGAGGCAGGCAUGGGGGAUACCCAAGGCCCCCUGGCAGCACCAUGAGCUAAGCAGGACACCUGGAGGGGGAGACCUGUGGGGACCUGGGGGCCUCCAGUGACCCCUUCCUGCUUCCUGAACAGGACUAUGCCUGUGCAGGGAUCCCAGAGAAGACUGCUGGGCUCCCUGAACUCCACCCCCACAGCCACCCCCCACCUGGGGCUGGCUGCCAACCAGACAGGAGCCCGGUGCCGAGAGGUGUCCAUCCCUGACGGGCUCUUUCUCAGCUUGGGGCUGGUGAGCUUGGUGGAGAACGUGCUGGUGGUGACCGCCAUUGCCAAGAACCGGAACCUCCACUCACCCAUGUACUGCUUCAUCUGCUGCCUGGCCCUGUCAGACCUGCUGGUGAGCGGGAGCAACAUGCUGGAGACGGCCGUCACCCUCCUGCUGGAGGCCGGUGCACUGGUGGCCCGGGCUGCCGUGGUGCAGCAGCUGGACAAUGUCAUUGACGUGAUCACCUGCAGCUCCAUGCUGUCCAGCCUCUGCUUCCUGGGCGCCAUUGCCGUGGACCGCUACAUCUCCAUCUUCUACGCACUGCGCUACCACAGCAUCGUGACGUUGCCGCGGGCACGGCGAGCCAUCGCAGCCAUCUGGGUGGCCAGUGUCCUCUGCAGCACGCUCUUCAUUGCCUACUACGACCACGCGGCCGUCCUGCUGUGCCUCGUGGUCUUCUUCCUGGCCAUGCUGGUACUCAUGGCUGUGCUGUACGUCCACAUGCUGGCCCGGGCCUGCCAGCACGCCCAGGGCAUUGCCCGGCUCCACAAGAGGCAGCGUCUGGCCCACCAGGGCUUUGGCCUCAAAGGCGCUGCCACCCUCACCAUCCUGCUGGGUAUUUUCUUCCUCUGCUGGGGCCCCUUCUUCCUGCAUCUCACACUCAUUGUCCUCUGCCCCCAGCACCCCACCUGCAGCUGCAUCUUCAAGAACUUCAACCUCUUUCUCGCCCUCAUCAUCUGCAAUGCCAUCAUUGACCCCCUCAUCUACGCCUUCCGCAGCCAGGAGCUCCGCGGGACGCUCAAGGAGGUGCUGCUGUGCUCCUGCUCCAGCCCUGACUGCCGGCCUCAGAACUGGGAGCUGCUUCCUGGCAGGGCCCGCCUGUGCUGGGAGACCGGACGUGGGUUCAGGGCCUGCGCCAACCUUUACCUACCUCCCCCACCCAAAACCGGCAAAGCUCAGAGCACCUUUUCUGCCAAAAGACAGGGAGCUGGGAAGGGCCAAGAGGGGCUUCUAUUGUCCUCCCUGGAGCCCGGCGCCCCCACAGGCAGCUCCUCUGGGAGGCAGCCCCUCCUUUCGAGUGCGCGGGGGCCCCCAGACCGCGCCCGGCCCUGCGCUGGGGGAGGCUUGGCUGCGGGAGGGGCGCCGCAUUGCGCGCGGCGGGCGGGGACGCGCGGUGCGGGGCCUGCGGGCCGGGCGGGAUUCUGCGGCGGCGCCUCCCGAUUGGCCACCCGCGGUGACAUCAGCCGAUGCGAAGGGCGGGGCCGCAGCUAUAAGAUCGCGCGGCCGCGGUCCCCGACCCUCAGCAGCCAGCCCGGCCCGCCAGCGCCCGUCCGCAGCCGCCAGCAAGACGCGCCCAGCAUGAGGGAGAUCGUGCACAUCCAGGCCGGCCAGUGCGGCAACCAGAUCGGGGCCAAGUUCUGGGAAGUCAUCAGUGAUGAGCAUGGCAUCGACCCCAGCGGCAACUACGUGGGCGACUCGGACUUGCAGCUGGAGCGGAUCAGCGUCUACUACAAUGAGGCCUCCUCUCACAAGUACGUGCCUCGGGCCAUUCUGGUUGACCUGGAACCUGGAACCAUGGACAGUGUCCGCUCAGGGGCCUUUGGACAUCUUUUCAGGCCUGACAAUUUCAUCUUCGGUCAGAGUGGGGCUGGCAACAACUGGGCCAAGGGUCACUACACGGAGGGUGCGGAACUAGUGGACUCAGUCCUGGAUGUCGUGCGGAAGGAGUGUGAAAACUGCGACUGCCUGCAGGGCUUCCAGCUGACCCACUCGCUGGGGGGUGGCACGGGCUCCGGCAUGGGCACGCUGCUCAUCAGCAAGGUGCGUGAGGAGUAUCCGGACCGCAUCAUGAACACCUUCAGCGUCGUGCCCUCGCCCAAGGUGUCAGACACAGUGGUGGAGCCCUACAAUGCCACGCUGUCCAUCCACCAGCUGGUGGAGAAUACGGAUGAGACCUACUGCAUCGACAACGAGGCACUCUACGACAUCUGCUUCCGCACCCUCAAGCUGGCCACACCCACCUACGGGGACCUCAACCACCUGGUGUCAGCCACCAUGAGCGGGGUCACCACCUCCUUGCGCUUCCCUGGCCAGCUCAACGCUGACCUGCGCAAGCUGGCCGUCAACAUGGUGCCCUUCCCCCGUCUGCACUUCUUCAUGCCCGGCUUCGCCCCCCUCACAGCCCGGGGCAGCCAGCAGUACCGGGCCCUGACCGUGCCCGAGCUCACCCAGCAGAUGUUUGAUGCCAAGAACAUGAUGGCUGCCUGCGACCCGCGCCACGGCCGCUACCUGACGGUGGCCACUGUGUUCCGGGGCCGCAUGUCCAUGAAGGAGGUGGACGAGCAGAUGCUGGCCAUCCAGAGCAAGAACAGCAGCUACUUCGUGGAGUGGAUCCCCAACAAUGUGAAGGUGGCCGUGUGUGACAUCCCGCCCCGUGGCCUCAAGAUGUCCUCCACCUUCAUCGGGAACAGCACGGCCAUCCAGGAGCUGUUCAAGCGCAUCUCCGAGCAGUUCACGGCCAUGUUCCGGCGCAAGGCCUUCCUGCACUGGUACACGGGCGAGGGCAUGGACGAGAUGGAGUUCACCGAGGCCGAGAGCAACAUGAACGACCUGGUGUCCGAGUACCAGCAAUACCAGGACGCCACGGCCGAGGAGGAGGGCGAGAUGUACGAAGACGACGAGGAGGAGUCGGAGGCCCAGGGCCCCAAGUGAAGCUGCUUGCAGCUGGAGUGAGGGGCAGGUGGCGGCCGGGGCCAAGGUCAGCAGUGUCUGACCCCCAGAGCCAUCUUGCUGCCGACACUGUACCCUGCUUUCCCCCUUGCCCUAGGGCUCCCUUGCCACCCUCCUGCAGUAUUUACGGCCUCGUCCUCCCCACCUGGGCCAUGUGUGUGCUGCUCCUGUCUGUCUGAUUGCAGCUCCAGGCCUGACGUUUUAUGGUUUUGUUUUUUACUGGUUUGUGUUUAUAUUUUCGGGGAUACUUAAUAAAUCUAUUGCUGUCAGAUACCCUU